AUGCUUAAUCCAAUUUCAAAUAUCAACUUUAGUCCACUCAGAAAUCAACACAUCAUUAAACCACCGAGAUUCACAUGUGAAAAUGCAAGGGCCAGUGGUGGAAGGGUGUCCGUCUACACGUGCGCUCUGUGGACCACGCUAAGUGGAGAUUACCAGAGUGUAGAGAAGAGAGCAUUUGGUGGGGACAUUGGAACCCUCUGGGCAUUUUUACAUUUCUGUCACCAAGGGACAGUCAGUCAGCGCGAGGUGCUGAGAACAGGCCAUCCUGAGCAGAAAGCCAAAGUGGGCCCAUUUGUUUCUUGGGACUCUCAAAGGGCACAGCCCCCACCUUUAGAAGUAAGUCGGGUGGGACCAUCACAAAGAGCCUUCCAUGGCGCCAUUGACGGCUAUGAAUCAGUCAUUAACACAUCCUCAGACAUCUCCAGUAUUGAUGUGGCUGCUCACUCCACCCCUCGCCAGUCAGCACAUCUGCACUGUCACUGGUACAAAGGACAGAGCCAAGGAGGCCCUGAGAAACAAGCAAAUACAAACUGGACUCCGAUGAUAACACAUUUAAAAUCAAUUGUUGAGCUCUUCUUUGCUCCAGGGAAUAAGAGGAGGAUCGGGAAGAUUCAGGAACCUUCACGUUGUGUCCCUGUAAGAAUCACUCCCGUUUUCCCAGGGAAGCCUCACAUCCCUGGGAGAAGGGUAUACAGUAGGCAGCAGAGAGCAGAUUUAGAUGUGACAGUGGCCCAGUGUCCAGCUCGGAGCCAUCUGACCACACCAAACCCUAGAUCUCUGGAAAAGAAGCCAAGCCGAUUGAUUCAGCCAAGAGUCCAGCCAGGGCCGGGAAUAGCCUUUUUGGAAUAUAUCUUGCACUUCCCCACUUUGUGGGUUGGUGCCAUCUACAUCCGUCGCCGGCCCCGUGUGCGUGUGGAGGCCCUGCAGAGUGGAGGGGGGCAGGAGCGGGGUAUGCGGUCUGGGACAGUGCCCACACCCUUAGUGGUGGGGCUGGGGGCUGCGUGUGAGGUGGCACAGCAAGAGAUGGAGUAUGACCACAAGCGGAUCUCAAAGUUAGCAGAGCGGCUGAUACAGAAUAUAAUGAAGAGCCUUCCAGAUGUGGUGAUGAAUGGGGACCCUGAGCACCAUUAUCCCGGCUGUAUCAACCUCUCCUUUGCAUAUGUGGAAGGGGAGAGUCUGCUGAUGGCAUUGAAGGACGUUGCCUUAUCCUCAGGGAGUGCCUGCACCUCUGCAUCCCUGGAGCCCUCUUAUGUCCUCAGAGCAAUUGGCACUGAUGAGGAUUUAGCGCACUCUUCUAUCAGGUCAGUGAGUUGA